AUGGCCGAUUUACUUCCUGAACAAAUGCCCCCGCAACAGGCAGCACCGCCCGUGAGUUCAACAGACGACGACGAUAUGGAUGUGCGGGUUGCAUGCUCGCCUUCCCUAGACUUCGUAGUUCUUCUUGAGCACAAGCCCAUCAAGGACUCCACAGCACCGGAAGUUGUUAUCUGGCACAGUAUCCACGGCGGCAAGGAUUGGGAAGCAUUUCCACUUCAAUCUGCAUCCAGUACCACCGGUCCCAAAGUUGCCUCUUUCAGCUCCUCGACGGAGCACGUCAAGCACUGGUUCACAGGCUCGAUUCCGUGCCGUUUGAAGCAGCUUGGUGCAAUAUCAUUCACCCUCAAAUACCGCUUGAAUGCUGGAGCAGAAUGGCGAUGGGUCAAGGAUGAGACUGGCAUCUCGGAUGGAUCGUUGCACUAUGCUUCAGCAAACAACUUUACUUCGAGGCAACAAAACCUUCAGGACUACUUCAGGAACACCAGCUCCGAUAUCAAUAUCACUCCAGAGGAGCCUGAGACGACAAAAACAGCACUGUGGAGCUUGACUUGCAACAUUGCUCCCGCCAAAGGCCCGGAUUCUGGCUACUCUCACCACCGGCUGGGCAAGAUCAAGGAUGGCGAGAGAUGGUUCGCACUGGUCCGAUUGUGGAGUCCAUGGCUCGCACCACGCCAGGGUUCCGGAGAUAGCCUGCAACUGGACAAAGACGGUGUAUUGCUGAGCUUCCUCCGAAGCGAUGGCUUGCAUGUUGUCUGCUUAGGUAUCAGUGGUGUUCAGGACGUCCUGACGACCUUCAUCAACGAUGGCGAUGGCAACGUGGAGAUCAAAGGAAGGAAUGAUAGAGAGGGAGAAGGGACCAGCACGGUAAUUGUUGCUGUCGCCGAAGAGUUCGAGCGUGCGGAGGCAGCUGUCAUGUACCACGCUCGCAAAGUGAUUUCUCAAUAUGGGACUUCAUCAGAGCUUGAGUUGGACACGAAACAGAUCAAGACUUUGACAGAUGACAAGGUGAGGCCGGAGUGGUUGGAGGAAUGGUACGAUGGGCUUACGUACUGCACUUGGAAUGGACUGGGACAGGAUUUGACGGCGGAGAAGAUAUACACUGCUCUCGACGAGCUCGCAAGGCACGACAUCAACGUCACGAAUCUCAUUAUUGAUGACAACUGGCAGUCGCUGGCUUCCGGACAGAGCCAGUUCCAGCGCGGAUGGAGCAGAUUCGAAGCCAACAGUUCUGGCUUCCCAGAUGGCAUGAAGUCGACAACAACAGCCAUAAGGCAGAGGCAUCCGAAUAUUAACCACAUAGCUGUCUGGCACGCCAUACUAGGUUACUGGGGUGGCAUCGACCCUCACGGCGAGAUAGCGAAGACCUACCGCACCAAAGUGGUGGAGAAAGAGCCAGGUGUUGCUGGCGGUGAAUUCACUGUUGUCGACGCUCGGGAUGCCAAACAGAUGUACGACGACUUCUAUGCCUUUCUGUCUGCAUCAGGCAUCGACAGCGUCAAAACUGACGCUCAAUUCUUCCUGGACCUGCUUCUCCACGCUCCAGACCGUCGAGAAAUGAUGAUCGAGUAUCAAGAUGCCUGGACCCUUGCACAUCUUCGCCACUUCAGCAGCAGAGCCAUCAGUUGCAUGUCGCAGUUUCCGCAAGCUCUCUUCCAUUCCCAGCUACCUCAGAACAAACCUCGUUUACUUGUGAGAAACUCGGACGAUUUCUUCCCAGAAGUCGAAGCCAGCCACGCCUGGCAUAUCUUCUGCAACGCUCACAACAGCGUCUUGACGCAGCAUCUCAACGUCCUACCGGACUGGGAUAUGUUCCAGACUUCGCAUGAGUGGGCAUCAUUCCAUGCCGCUGCGCGGUGUGUCUCCGGAGGGCCAAUUUACUUCACAGACAAGCCUGGCGAGCACGAUAUCAAACUGAUCCGCCAGAUGACCGCUCAGACGAUCAGGGGCAAGACGGCGAUCUUGCGUCCGCAUCGUGUGGGCAGGGCAAUAGACGUAUACAAUGCAUACGACGCCAAGGCAAUGUUGAAGGUCGGAACUUUUGUCGGCAGGCAGGAAACAGGAACGGGCAUACUAGGGUGCUUCAAUGUGUGCCCGCAGACGUUGAGGGAGUUUGUGCUGGUGGACGAGUUUCCGGGAACCGAGAAAGGAGAGUAUGUCGUCGGCUCGUUCUGCGCCGGUCGAUUCAGCGGGGUUGUGUCGCGAAAAUCGAAACACGCUAUGGUGGAACUCGAGCUCGACACAAGAGGCUGGGACAUCCUUUCCGCCUAUGCUGUACGCUCCUUCAAGCCGAAGGGACAUGAAGUCAAAGUGGCCAUGCUGGGGCUGUUGGGCAAGAUGACCGGCUCGGCGGCAGUGACCGGAUGUGACAUGUACGUUGAGACGAACGGUCGGCUGCGAAUCUGGACCUCGCUCAAGGCACUAGGAGUGCUUGGGAUAUGGAUGAGCAAUCUUAAGAGCGUGUCUAUCGACGGAUUCAUGGUUAUCAUUUUCGGCCAGCCCAUUCCGGCGCACUGCGUUACCAAGAUGGAGGAUAUUGGCGACAACGACAGCGAUGCCGGAGUUUUGCAGAUCGAUGUGGAGAGGGCAUGGAGGCAGAUGGAUCUGAAGGCCGGGUGGAGCAACGAAGUAUCUCUUGAGGUGUUUGUUGGGUGA